AUGGCUCUCGACAAACUCUUCCGACCUCUCCAAGUCGGCCACAAUCAACUCCAACACCGCCUGGUAAUGGCCCCUCUAACCCGCUUCCGCGCAGACGAACACCACAAUCCCAGCCCACACGCCAAAACCUACUACGAACAACGCUCCAGCACGCCAGGAACGCUGAUAAUCACCGAAGCAACCUUCAUCUCCCCCUCCGCAGGCGGCUACAAAAGAAUCCCAGGAAUCUGGUCCGCCACCCAAAUCCAAGCCUGGAAAGAAAUCGUCCAAGCCGUCCACAAAGCAGGCUGCACAAUCUACCUCCAACUCUGGGCCCUAGGCCGAGUCGCCCAAUCUUCCGUCUUGGAGAGUGAAGAAGGAGGUCCCUAUGAAGUCAAAGCCCCCAGCGCAAUCCCCGUCGAUCCCUCCCAAACCAAUAACUCCGGCGGCCCCACCACCAUCCCCAAAGAACUCACCGAACCCGAAAUUUUCCAACUCAUACAACACUACGCCCGUGCCGCAAAAACCGCCAUCCACGAAGCGAAUUUCGACGGCGUAGAAAUCCACGGCGCAAACGGCUACCUCAUCGAUCAAUUCUUCCAAGACGUCUCCAACCAACGGACCGACGGCUGGGGCGGCAACAUCCCCAACCGCGCCCGAUUCGGUUUGGAAGUGACCAAAGCCGUCAUCGAAGCCAUCGGAGAUUCCAAAAAAGUCGGAAUCCGAUUAUCCCCCUGGGGAAAAUUCCAAGGCAUGGGAAUGGAGAAUCCGAUCCCGCAAUUCGAGUAUGUGAUUGAGGAGUUGAAGAAGUUGGAUCUUGCGUAUUUGCAUUUGAUUGAGAGUAGAAAGUCGGGCAGUGCGGCUGAUGGGGUGUAUUUUGAGAGGGGGACGGAGGAACUCAAGCGGUUUCUUGAGGUUUGGGGGGAUGAGGUCCCCAUCAUUCUUGCGGGGGGUUUUACGGAGGAGAAGGCUGCGUGGGUCGUGAAUGAGUUUGCAACCGGGGAGAAUGUGGCGGUUGCGUUUGGGAGGUAUUUUAUUUCGAAUCCGGAUUUGGUGUUUAGGGUUCGGAACGGGAUUGAGUUGAACAGAUGGGAUCGUGGGAGCUUUUAUACGGCGGGACCGGAGGGGUAUGUUGAUUAUGAGUUUUCGAAGGAGUGGGUGGAGGAGAGGAACGUGAAGGGGGAGGCGAGACUUUAG